CCCUGCCUAAUCCCUAGGCCAACUUCACCUGGGCCGCCCAACUUCCCGCACCAGGCCCACCUAAUCCUAACCCUAGGCCCGAGCGAACCCCCAUCUCCCCAAUCCCCUGGUCCUCUCCCUUUCGUUCCCACCAGCGCCGUCAAGAGGGGAUCUCGAUCCCCAUCUCCCUCCAGCGCUCUGCUCGAACCCCCCUCCUCUCACUCUCUUCCUCACGCUCCAGGGAGGAGCACCAAGCCCUCACACUCUGCCCUCACGCGCGAGCUCAACCUUGACCCGCCGAGUGCCUCUUCCACUUGCACCUUGUCGCGCCUCCCUCUGCUGCCACUCCAGCUGCUCGCGUCGCGCCUCUGCGCCACCAUCUAGCCAUGGUGCCCGGACCGGCCUCCCGCGCACACAUAGAGGGACGGCGCCCUUGCCUUCGUCCCCGGCCGGCAUCUCCUUCCUCCGUCCCGUUCGCCUCCUCCCUCAACCACGCCAGCCACCGGAGUCGUUGCUGGUUGCUGCCCUCCGUCGCGCCAUCCAUCCGUCCAUCUCCCUGUGCCGCGCCUCGACAACACGGAGGCCCGAGCUUCGGCUGGGAGCAGCCGCAGCUACGUCGUGCCCCACCACCAAGCAGUCGUGCAUCAGUGGCCAUCUCUCCUCCACCAUCAGUGCCCGACGACUCUGUUCCAUGCCUUGCUGCUGCUGCAGGCCAUGAGCUCUCCGGCUACCGCAGAAACACCAUGGUCAAGACCAACUCCGCGAAGAACGCAAGACGCAUCCUCCGUGCACCCCCGCUUGUGGCUGUUAACGUCAAGACCAUCUCGGUUUUCGCCAAGAACCACCACCGGCAAGUACAACUACACCACGUUGAUACAAGUCCCACUACCGUUGCCUUCGGAAGCCUCGGAUCCGUCAAGUCCCUCGACGACAAGUGCAUGACUGUGACGCCCGGACUACGAGACCGACGCUGCCGCUGACCAGUUCGACUACGGAGUUGACGACCCCUCUC